UGUCCUCCUAGGAAUCUUCAGUUCACAAGCGCACGUGCACCUGCAACGAUCUCCUCUCAAGUCAUAGCACAAGUGUAUAUAUAUUCCUAUUUUGAAAAUGGCACCCAUUCAGAUGGAAAAGUCCUACGUGAAAGUGUCCUCCACACCCGCUGCAAAGUGCUCUCGGCAGGCAAGGUCAAGCAGCAGGUCAUGGGAUGUGAUCCUUCCUAUCAGUCGCAGAGGAAGCUUCUUCCAAGACUCGUUUUUCUCUGACAUACACAAGGAUUUUGACUCCUCCGUCAGGGAGGUGUUGGCCAGAUGGAGUGACGAAGACCUGAAAGUGAAAGACUUCCGCCGGGAUGAUAUUAUGAACCGUUACAGACAGCUUCGAUCUCGUAACCUAAAUGAAGGGAACCAGGCUGUCACAGUCACAUCUGACAACACAAGUCAUAAGAUUGUGCUGGACGUGCAUGACUUCAUGUGUGGAGAUGUGAGGGUGAAAGUGUUGGACGAGGAGGAGUUGUUAGUGGAAGGGCACGUGGAGAAGAAGGAGGAAGGAAGCUCGUCCGUCUCGUCACACUCCUUCAGACGCUACUUCUCUUUGCCUCAACACACAGACAUGACAGCGAUUACGUCCGUCAUGUCUGCAGAUGGUAUCCUCACAGUCACUGCGCCAAAAAUAAAAACAGAAAUGACAAAGGAAAAUGCAAUCAAUCAAACUUCCGCUUCGAAUCAUGAGAAAGUCGGCGAAACACGAAAACAAACAGCAUCUGAACACUUGUCUUCUACACGAAAAGAAAGCUGUUCGUGUGAUCUUGGUUUCAAAAGAACAGCUGAUUCCUCUGGGUUUGACUGCGGUUCGUGGGACACAUCCUUGCCCAUCACUCGAAGAGGAGGCUUCUUCCAGGACUCCUUCUUCUCCGGUACACAUCGCGACUUCGAUGCCUCCAUCAGGAAGGUCCUCAAUGGCUGGAAUGACGCCGAUCACCAGCUAGCGGACUUCUGGGACGAUGACGAUUUCCACCGCAGCGACAGACUGGGCCGCUACAGACAGCUUCGAUCGCGGAACCUGUGGAGUAACAACCAGGCCGUUACAGUUACUUCAGAUAAUAUUAGUUAUAAGAUCUUGGUGGAUAUGCAUGACUUUGUGGAUGGAGAUGUGAAGGUGAAGUUGAUGGGCGAGAAGGAGCUGUUGGUGGAGGCCCAGUCGGCCAGGUCCUCGCACACCUUCACACGCACCUUUUCCUUGCCUGAGUCCACUGACAUAACGUCCAUCACGUCUGUCAUGUCGUCAGAUGGCAUCCUGACAAUCACUGCCUCCAAGAAGGAGAGUGAAACACAAAAUAAGACUACUGUCAUCCCCAUUAGUGUCAAGGAAACGCAUAAUGCUUCAGAAGUUCACAGCUCAACUUCCUCGACGACCUUGGGAGUUUCUGAGGAAACAGCAUCUGGCCAAGGAAUAUCCCACACAGCCCAAGAGGAGGAACGCAAAUACGCACGAUGCUUUCAGGAGAAUAUCGACGAGGACAAAACCCAAACUGCAACUUCCAAUAUCUCAAGCAACACCCAACAAUCAUCACAGAAGGAAUCGUCUGUCAUCACAGAUUUUGCUUCCACAAGAAUUUCCGAUUCGCUGGGAGCAAAGAAAACUCUUGGGAAUAAGCAAGAAGACUCCUUGCCCAUCACGAAGAGAGGAAGCUUCUUCCAAGACUCAUUCUUCUCCGACAUACGCCAAGGCUUCGACGCCUCUGUCAGGGAAAUCUUGAAGAAAUGCAAUGACUCCGAUCUCACGGUGACAGACGAUGUCAGUCACAGUGACAUCUUGAGCCGCUACAGGCAGCUUCGAUCUCGAGACAUGAGGGAAGAGGACCAGGCCUUCUCCGUCUCGUCAGACAGUGCUAGCCUCAAGAUCGUGCUUGACGUGUAUGACUUCAUGCGCGGAGACGUCAAGGUGAAAGUCGUAGACGAGAAGGAGCUGGUGGUGGAAGGACGCGUAGAGAAGGAGGAAGGAAGUUCAUCCGUCUCGUCACACUCCUUCAGACGCCGCUUUUCCCUGCCUCACCGCACUGACAUGACACACAUUACUUCUGUCAUGUCUUCAGAUGGUAUCCUCACAAUAACUGCCCCUAAAACGGCAGGAGAACCACAGCAAAACACGCACGUUAACUUCUCCAUGACUGAGGAAAGGAAGGAAUCAACAACGGUUCAAGACUUAACACCCAAGGCACUCUCGUCCACAAAGGACAAAAAUAUCUCCGUUCACGAGAAUCUUGUCAAUGUAGAUCAGAAGGACUUUGAGUGCGAACAAAAACACAUGUACGAGAACAAGAUGAGAAAGCUGGAGAAAGAAUUUGAAUUUCCUGCUGAAUCCAAGGAAGUUUUAAAGGCCAAGAUCUGUCAAAAUCAGUCUGUGGAUGAGUCUACAACUGCAUCUGUCCAUGAACAUGGAAACGAUACUAAUAAUAAGGAUCAUGAACUCAAACGACUGACUGAAACAUUCAAAUUAACAAUCACUGAGAAAGCCUCUUGUGAUGACUUUAUUUCUGAAGAACAACAAACUUCCAUGAAAUCUGAAUCUGAGUCAACAGAAAUCAUCAAACUGCGCGACGAAAUCUUGCCCAUCACUCGAAGAGGAAGCUUCGUUCAGGAUUCCUUCUUCCUCGAUGUCCACCAAGAAUUUUACACUGCCAUCAGAGAGGUCCUGAAGAAGUGGGUUAGCGCAGACAGUGAGGACUUCCUUAGUCUAAAUCACAGCGAUAUUUUGAACCACUACAGACAGCUUCGAUCCCGUGAUUUGAGGGAAGAAACUCAAGUCUCUAUCGUCACGUCCGACAACACUAGUUACAAGAUCGUGUUGGACGUCCAGGACUUCAUGAAUAGGGAUCUGAAGGUGAAGGUGGUGGGCGAGACGAAGGUGGUGGUAGAAGGACGUGUGGCGAAGAGAGAAGGAAGCUCAUCCGUGUCCUCAUGCUCCUUCCGACGCUGCUUCUCCUUGCCAGAGUAUAUUGACAUGACAAGCAUCACGUGCAUCAUGUCUUCUGAUGGCAUACUCACAAUCAUCGCUUCAAAAAUGCCAGAAGAAUCGGAAGAAUACAAAGUGAUCAGCUCCACUGAGGAAGUUCAAGAAUCCUCUGAAGUUCAACGCUCGGUAUCCCCAACUAAUGAAACAAUCUCUCUCCAUGAGGAAUGUGAAAAGGCAAGCAAAGCCACAUAUGACAGCAUGGAUUCUAUGGCAGAAGAUACGAGCAUUGAGUUCGAAGAUGUAAAGACUCCACUCUCUGAAGAAAUGUGUAACUCAGUGAAAUCUGAGACAGCUCAAAUGUUCCUUCUGUCGACUGAUUCUGCAGCAACAUCGAGUCAUGAUACUGAUUUCGGCAUUGUAGAAACUCAAAAUCAGAGCAAAGACACUAUUGGCACACUAGAAUCUAUUGUAACUGAAGAAGUGAUGGCUGAGGAAUCACCAUCUGUGUCUUACUCCGAGUCUGCAGAAAUUACAGAAGCUUCCCUAUGUCGCCGAAGUUCGAUUGGCUUGAAUGAAACGUUUGGUGAUAAUUCUGAAUCACGUGACUUUGGGACUUCCCAUGAUUCUCUUCCUUCUGUCAUUCCCGAAGAAGAAAACGAAUCUGAAACUGUUGAAGUCCUUCAUCUUGAAGACUCCCAACAGGCAAUUGAAAUUCUUGACCUGCAUGACUCACAGGAAUCUGUUAGCAUUCUUGAUGCAAAGGAUUCAGCUGUUGAAAUACUUGAUCUGAAAGACUCACAGGAAUCUGCUGACAUUCUUCAAGUGAAAGGUUCAGAAGCUGUUGAAAUUGUUGAUCUGACAGACUUACAAGAAUCUGUUGACAUUCUUGAUACAAAAGGCUCAGCUGUUGAAAAUCUUGACCUGAAAAACUCACACGAAUCUGUUGACAUUCUUGAUGUACAAGACCUACAGGAAUCUGCUGACAUUGUUGAGGUGAAAGGCACAGCUAUUGAAAUUCUUGAUCUGACAGACUCACAGGAAUCUGUUGACAUUCUUGAUGCAAAAGUCUCAGCUGUUGAAAAUCUUGACCUGGAAAGCUCACACGAAUCUGUUGACAUUCUUGAUGUACAAGACCUACAGGAGUCUGCUGACAUUGUUGAAGUGAAAGGUACAGCUGUUGAAAUUCUUGGUUUGACAGACUCACAACAAUCUGUUGAUAUUCGUGAUGUGAAAGACUCACAUGAAUCUAUUAACAUUCUUGAAGUGAAAGGUUCAGAAGUUGUAGAAAUUUCUGACCUUAAAGAUUCCCAAGAAUCUACGGAAAUUUUGCAUCAAAAGGAUUCAGAGGAAGCUGCUGAAAUUUUUGAUCUGAUGGAUUCAGAAGCUGUUGAAAUUCUUGAUCUUAAAGAUUCCCAGGAAGCUGUUGGCAUUCUCUAUGUGAAAGAUUCACAGGAAGCUGUUGCUGAGGCUCAGAAUACGUCAGAAACUCAGAACUCAACGUCUUCAAGCACUUCUGACGAAGUCACUGAGGAUGCUGUACCUGUGCAAGAAAGGUCCAAACCAGUUUCUGAGGAAACGCUGGAUAGUAAAAUGAAUCGGUUGGCAGUAACUGAGAGUUGCACAGAUUCCCUUCAGUCAUCCGGAGAUUCUUGUACCUCUGAAAAAGAAGUCGUCGAUACUCUUGGGCAGCUGAAACUUAAAGAGAUGACUGAAACCGUACGUACAGAAGAGUCUACAGAAACUGGUGAAUCGUUGAAAGGAAUGAGAAGCGUUCACAGAGAUUCGCCAGAAGAGUUCUUGCUCAUCACCAAAAGAGGAAACUUCUUCCAAGACUCAUUCUUCCUUGACACUCAGCGAGACUUCAGUGCCGCUCUCAGGCAGGUGUUGGGCAGGUGCAAUGAAGAAAACUUUGAGAACGACAUUAACCUCUGUUACACUGAUAUCCUGGAACGCUACAGGCAGCUUCGAUCUCGCGAUCUGAAGGAAGAGAAUCAGGCUGUUAUCGUUACAUCAGACAAGUCUUGUCUAAAGAUAAUUAUGGACGUUUAUGAGUUCAUGAGUGGAGAUAUACAAGCAAAGGUUGUUGAUGAGAAAGAGUUAGUCAUUGAGGGACGUGUGGUGAAGAGCGAAGGAACCUCAUUCGAGACCUCUCACUCCUUCAGACACCGCUUCUCUCUUCCGCAAUAUACUGAUAUCACUUCUGUUAUGUCGUUAGAUGGCAUCCUCACAGUUACUGUGAUCUUUAAGGAAGGAAAUGUCGAGCUAAAUACAACUAAAAAGACUGAGGCAAAAUGCAACAUUACAAAAGAAAUUAUUGACUCAAAAUCACCUUCACUUUCUGCUGAAAAGCAUGUGCUUGAGGCGAAGGCUGAAAAUCAAGAUAGAUUGAACAAGAAUGUGACAUUACAGUCAGAGGAAACUCGUAAUUUCACGUCGGGGACAGAGAGGUCCAAACUUGAUUCCAACUUCGAGGACAAUAGACUGAGACGCUAUGGACGAGGCUAUAACAGGGAGUCUGAAGAAAACAACAGAUAUAACGUCACCGAAGACACAAGUAUGGGAACGUCCUCUCGUUUCACGAGUGUUUCUCAGUGUAGCUCCGCAUUGAAGUCUUUUCCAGUGACGAGGAAAGGGCUGUUCUUCUCCGAUUACUUUUUCCGAGACACAAGGGAGGAUUUCCAGAAAGCCGUAAGGGAAAUCCUGAACAAAUGGGGAGAGAAGUCGUCUUCCGGUGACGAGAUGACUUGCUACAGAAAACUACGAGCACGAAAUAUGAGGGAAGAUAAUCAGGCAGUGACGUCUUCGGAAGAUGAACGGCAUUAUAAGUUCGUCAUUGAUGUCCAAGACUUUAUGGACGUUGGAGAGAUCAGCGUGAAGGCUGUGAACGAGAGAGAGUUGGUGGUUGAAGGUCACUUGGAGAAGAAGGAAGACGGUUCGAAGUCCAGCAAGCGGUUCCUUCGACGCUUCGUUGUUCCUGGAGACAUUGAGCUCGAGGCUGUCAUGUCAGCCAUGUCUUCUGACGGUGUGCUUAAAAUUUUAGCUCCGAAGAGGCUUGGCCACAACCGAAAACACGUUUCGACUGACAUGGACGAUGGUGAUGCAAUGUUUUCAAGGAAAUUCACAAAUGGACAUCGUCUCGCCGAUGACUUUUUGGGGAACAGAGAUUCAUCUUCGGAUAACAGGGACUUUAAAGCAUUUGCCAGGAAAGUCAAUGACCGCUACCAAGUCGGUUUCCAAGACGACGACGAACACUUUGAAAAUGGACAUAUGCUAAACAAUGAAACAAAGAUGAAAACUGACAAGGACUUUAAAUUUGACAUUCCAAGCUUUUCAACGGAAAACAGGGUUUUACACGUGGACAGAAGGGGUGUAUUCACUGAAGACUAUUUCUUCGCGAAUGUUCGUGACAGCUUCAGCCAAGCAGUGAGAGAAGUGCUGGAAAAGGCUAAUGAAUGGACCUGUCGAAGUGACGCCAUGCACAACUACAGACGUCUGCGUCAGCGUAACCUCAAGUUGGAAACUCAGGCUGUUGGCAUCAUUGACGAUCAAGACUCGCACAAGAUUGUGAUGGACGUUUUUGAUUUCAUUAAGGGUGACGUGACAGUGCAGUUGGUGAAGGGCAAGGAACUGCUGGUCGAGGGUCAAGCAGAAAAGCAGGACGGAAGCAGAGUGUCCCGAGUGAGCUUCGUGCGUCGCUUGGCGUUGCCUGAGCUCGUCGACCGAGACGCCAUCAGCUGCGUGUUGUCCUCGGAUGGAAUCCUGACAGUCAUCUCCAAGAAGAGAGCAUGCGAGUACAGGACUAGUGCAAGGGGACUUUCCAGUGAGAGGAAGUCCUACGGUGACAGGGCUGGCAGGUGGGAGGACAAGAAAGUGAAGGACUCCCUCGCGAAUGUGGAAGGCCCCAGCUCUCGGAGCUUCAGCACUGGCUCUCGCUCCCGCUACCAUCGCUCCUAUGCAAAGCAAUAUUAGAGAGUAAAAGUCCUUACACAGAUUUAUUAUUGCAAUGUUUUUGAAAAAAAAAAAAAUUCUUGUGCUCUAUAAGUGAUUAUUCUUGUGAUAUAUACAUAUUAAUUUUACUGCUGAGGCGUACCUUUAUAUGUGUAAGUUAUCCUACAGAACUACAGGUUUACAUAUAAGUUUUGUAUAGAAGAUUAUUGAUUUUUAAAUCACAUUCCUUUCUACAAAUACCUUCAUAUUUUAUUUUGAAGAAAAUGUGUAUUUGUAUAUGCAAAUAAAAAAUUCUUUCUCUA